AUGCUUGAUUCCUAUCCUACCGUGCCCACCCAUUGCCAGCACGUGGAGGAGAUGGCAUCAAAGAGCCAUCUGCACUUGGUGCGGCUGCUGGGGUACUGUGUGGACAUUGACAGGGCAACAGACCACCACGAGCAGAUCGUCAUCUAUGAGUUUUGCCCAAACGGAGACCUUGAGAAGUACCUUACUAGAGGAUCCAAAAAGGGCAAGUUGACGCUGCAGCAGCGCAUGGAUGUGCUGGUGGGGGUGGCGCGGGGGUUGGAGUACCUCCACCAAUUUGACAUCGUGCAUCGAGACAUCAAGCCCGCCAACGUGCUGCUUGAUGCUAACAUGCAGGCAAAAAUAUCAGACUUUGGGUUGGUGCGCAUGACAGAGGGCACCACAGUGAAUCCCACAAGAGUGGUCGGCACUCCGGCUGCUGUCUCUACUAGUGCUUGUCCCAUUCAUUGCUUCACCCACCUUGCCACUGCUGUUGCCACUCUUAUUCCCGCUGGUCCUGCCAAAGCAUGUGAGCUCGUGGGAGUGGUGGAGUUGGCCUUGCACCUGCUGGAUAGUGCUUGCAGAGAAGGAGAGGUGAUGGAAGGCGAUGGUGGGCAGGGAAGAAAGGGAAGGCAUGGCAGGCAGGGAGGAUGA